CCUAUCAAAACAAAAUCGAAAUGUCAAUCGCUUUCAAUCAGCUGUCGAUUUUUUAUUGAAGAAAUAGAAGACACCUAAAUUAUUUGUAUAUAAACCAAAAUGUGCAUUGUUAAAUGAAAGGGUUUUCCUAGUGUUGAGUGGUGUAAGAUAAUUCGGCACGGUGGUGUUAGUGUUCGGCGGGGGCGUGUGCGGCGGGCCAUGGCGGUGGUUGCGGUGUGAAGGUGGCGGGCGCGGCUCUCGGGCGCAGGCAUGCGGCGGCAUGGCGGUCGAGGCUGCGGGCACGUCGCGCGGCCUCCGCGUCUACAAGAUCGUGGUGCUGGGCGACGGCGGCGUCGGCAAGUCCGCCGUCACGCUGCAGUUUGUCAGUCACAGCUUCUUGGACUACCAUGACCCUACUAUAGAGGACUCGUACCAACAGCAAGCAGUGAUAGACGGAGAGCCAGCUUUGUUGGACAUACUGGACACUGCAGGACAGGUGGAGUUCACGGCAAUGAGGGAACAAUACAUGCGGUGUGGCGAGGGGUUUGUGCUGUGCUACUCCGUGACGGACCGGCGGUCGUUCCGCGCGGCCGCCGAGUACAGGCGACUGCUGGCGCAAGCGAGGCCCUCCGAGAGACUGCCGCUUGUGCUCGUCGGGAAUAAACUAGAUCUCGCACCCAGGUUCAGACAGGUAACGACAGAAGAGGGCAGGGCACUCGCGACGCAGCUCGGCUGUCCAUUCUUCGAGACGUCUGCAGCACUCAGACAUUUUGUGGACGAUGCCUUCCACGCGCUCGUCAGAGAAAUACGACGGCUGGAGAGACAAAGACAGGCAUCAAUAUUGGGAACAGGUAUUUCGACGAGUGGUGGACGCAGACGGUGGCGACGUCUUCGAAGCAUCUUCGCUCUGGUCUUCCGACGGAGAAGAAGGCACCACACAUCGCCUUAAACACACCACAUGGAGGUUCAACAGUCCGUAAGAUCUUUAUACUAUCAACUAUGGAAAGGAUAAUAUAUUAUAAUGUGAAUAUGUGAGAUAUUCCAUAAUACUGACAUUGCGUUAAGCAAGAAAAUCGUAACUUUAAGGAACAUAACUUUUGUUAUGUGUCUACCACGGUAUAAUAACCAUUAAACGACGAAAAUGUAUUGAUAUGAUAAAAUGUAAUAGAAACUAACGUACUUAUUAAGGUUUAGGUACGUAUAUUCAAGUUUAUUUUUUUAAUUGGCAACUAUGUCUUUGAAAGUUUCUAUUCUCUAUGAUUAACUAAACCUUUACAUAUACUACUUAAACUAUAUGACUUUUGAUAUGUAAUUAAAAAAUAACCAAAAAGUUUCAAUGCGCGUAAUAUCUAUGAAGAUUUGCGUGUAUUUAUUAAACCAAUUGAAUUUUAUAUGCCCCUUCUUCUACCUCAAUGUGAUGCUACUAUUUAUCGUUACGUAAAAGAGGGAUAAGUAGUCUAUUUAGCAUUUUAUUUGUUAACUUCUAUGAUAUUUGUAUGCUGUUUGCGCAAGAUUGCGUGUUGCAAUAAAUUGUGAUCUGUUAUUAUCGAAUAUAUAAAUGUUACAGGCACUAAUGUAAAAGUAAACAGCAUUAAAUAUGCCAAAAUCUUUGCUCUAUUAUGCCUUUCUUCAAUUUGUUCGAGAGCAAUAAUAUUAAUGUAUGCUUAGUCUGUGUUAGUCAACUUAGUAAAUGAGGCCUAAGAUAAAGUGAGAUACUAAAACGUCUAUCUGUUUUAAUGUAUAUGUCUUACGAAUUAUAAGAGUCAGGUGAAAGGAAUUCGAAUAACUGUGAAGGUAAAAUUAUGUACAGAUGCUCGAUGGACACGAUUUUGCGAAUCAAUAUUUCCAAAACCUUAACGGAAAAAUAGGUCCAUUUGAAACAUUCGUCCUUUUCUUAAUUUUUCCACCAAGUGUUACUUAAUACGGAAGCCAUAGAAAUUAGUUGCCAUAUUGGAAAUGCUAUACUUCAUGCAUUUAAAAACCUUGCCAUACAAAGCUACUUCAACAGGAUACCUUGGUCCUCUACCUCUUAAACAAUUCCUAAUUAGAUAAUUGGAUAUAUCUAGUAAUUUAUUUAGGACCCCUUUUUAUAGUAGGUAAUUUUAGAAGGAAUUUAGGCCUAAAUGACAAGUUUCUAUUGAUGUUAUUGGUGACAGAUGAUAUUGCCUUUAAGUGACAGUUGUUGGCAAUUGCUAAUGUCACGCGUCUUUGUUGUGUUUCAACUCUAUUGUACUCUAUAAAUGUUCGUUUUACAUAUUUGAUAUACUAUGAACCCCCUAAUUGUAAAGAUAUUGUACUUAAUACUUUUAAAACCGGUGCCAUUCGUUGUAAUAUUUGAACCCCGUAAUAGAUGAAUAUAUUUGUACAAUCUUGGCUUGAGUACCUAAUAGAUUAGACCAUACGUCUUCCGAGAAACGGAAUCCGUGAAAGCAAUAAAUAAAUGUAGAAGUUAUUUUAUUGUUCGGUUAAGCCAUUGGUUAGAAGAUGUUCAUUUUGGGAGACAAGUUUGAAUGUUUAGCUUGUAUCGUAGCUGUAGGUAGGUGUAGCCUGGUGACCAACUGGAACAUAUGGAGAUACCAUAUUCUAAGCGCAUAUUUACAUUUUAUACUACAUUGAACAGUCGCGAUUUUAAUUCAGGGACAAACGUACUUUAUGAAAUAAAAACUUGCCUGUGUAAUGUAAUCUCAGAUAUUCUAUGUAAAGGUGGGUCCACACUCAACUGUAGUGUUACAAACACCCACCACUAGGGAUGAGGUUCGAAUAUUAUUAAAUAAGCCUCUGUAUAGGUUAUUGUAUAUUAAUAAUCUAGGCGAUUUCAUUGACUAGUCUAGAGUAAGAUUUUAGAUUAGAUGAUAUGGAAGUUCUUUUAGAGUAGAGUAAGACAGGCGAUGUUCACAUCUAUUCCAGUUGGUUCACAGACCUGGCCAUAAGUCAUAGGGGACCUUAUGUAUGGAAACGAAAUUCGAAACGUAUUAUACAAAUGCCAUAUUCGUGUAUCCCAACCAAAGCAGUUUUUUAAAAAAAGUAAAAGUUUUGGUAUUCUCAUUGAACCUCGGAGUACAAUUAAGUAAUGUAAGUGAGAUGUCGAGCUCUUCAUUUAUCUGUGUAACAGAUGCAGCAAUAAGUAUAUGAAGUAAAUAUAUAAAUAUAUUUAUGUAUAACUAUAGAGUAAUCGGUGUAUGUAUAUGAGUACGGUCGGCGGGCGUGUGAACUUGUAUAAUACUAGGUCGAUACGCACAAAUACUAGUGUAGACGUAACGUACGGUCGCGUGUUCGUGUGUGUGUUAGCUCCGCCCCCCGGAACAUUGGACGUGCACGUAGGUAUAAUGUUAAUGUUAAUGAGAGAUUCCUAAAUACGAGCAAUAUUAAACGCCUAAUGUGGUAACUAAUUGUGAUGUGGAUGUUAGCUGUGUCUACAUUUAAUUCAUAUUAAUGGUAGUACUUGUCUAACCGGAUUGUACCGGAUUUUACCCCCAUAUUAAAUAUGUUUCAACGUAGAUUUUGAUGUAUUUCUCGUGUUUUUUAUUAAUAUAGUUUGUACUGUCGAAUGUUUCGGGCGGGGAGGUUGUACCCAUAGUGCAAUAACAUGGUGUCAAACUAGGGUAAUCGUUCUAUGGCGGCUUGGGAACGAGUGGGGGUUACACAUAAUGUGCAAUCACCGUUAAUAGGAGAGGAGCUAUCUUUUGACUAUAAAAUAAAACUGCAUUAAGGUCCAAUUUCAAACAAACUCUAAGUACUUCUGUUUAAAUAAGUUUCUUUAUGCUGUAUAUACAAUAUUCUUUUAUUACUUGUAUAAAACAACUUUACCAUGUGCUAAUCACCACUCAUUUCGAAGUCCCAAAGCGCUCGAGCUUUGCCGUAAGGCAUACAAAGCCUAUUGUCCUAACAAGGGAUUAUAAUAUAACUACCUAAUUUAGUCCUAAACGCUGUUUGAUUAAAGUACAAUUUAAUUUGUAUAGUGAAUGUUUAAUGUCAUUGUUCGUUGGUUGCAUUGAGUUUGUAUUCUCAGGGCGUCUUAUGUUCAUCUAAAUCUCGAUUCUGGCUAAGUUUAGAUAGUCUUGUUUAUGUUCAUAAAGUGCUUUAUCAUUUUUGAUAAAAUCUUCACACAUUAUACAAUAUUAGACGAGGGUUGAUACAUUUUAUUGUCUUUGACUACCCGGACAGCGAAAGUGAGCAUCAACCCUUACGACAUACUCGUAUAACUACAAAAAUGAAUUAAAGUAAUAACUUACCUCUGUUUUGUUAUGCGAUAAUGCACCUUAUAGCAUACAAUAUAAGUGUCACUAAAUACAAGGAGUGAUUGACAGUCUAACUAGACUUAGCUACAAUGGAGACUUAUAUCCAGUCUCAAUAACCUAUCUUUUAGUAGAUAGCUUACCUACUAAAGAAGUAAAUUCUCACACAUUGUGUAUGGAAGUUGUGUAUAAAACCAGUUACUCCCGCGCAUUUUCACCACCAGGAAGGCUAUAGACCAUAAGAUAUCAGUCCACAAGACAAUCGGCGAGGCGUAACCGCUUCAUGGUAGAUAUCCCACCCAUUCGCACGAAGCGCUUCGCAUCAAGCGUCCUUGUGCGAACUGCUAGGGAGUGGAAUUCUUUGCCGGAGUCUGUGUUUCUUGAUGGGUAUCUUCAAAGCCCGAGUGAAUAGGUUGCUUACGGGCAGACGUGCUCCAUCGUAGGCCGCAUGAUCACUUGCCAUCAGGCGAGAUAGCGGCCAAGCGUCGACCCAUCAAAUGUAAAAAAAAGUCAUAACUUCAUAUUUUAUGGCCUACAGCCUUCCUUGGUAAAUAGAUUAUUCAUAUUAUCUUUGUAGCCAAAUCUACAGAUAGGUUUGUAGAGACUGGUUGAUGAAUACUGCCGACCCCUUAGUAACGUAUGAAUAGGUUCUAACUCUAGUCAUUAUUGUUUUGUAUAGCUGUUAAUAGAUGUUCAUCUUAACUUUAUAAUCGACGGUUCACUGGUAAAUUGAGCUUUAUUACUGCCUGUAUACAAGUUAUAUCUUAUUGCAAGUUUAGUAUUAAUUUAAAGUGGGUGUUAUGUGCACCUCUGCCUACUCCUUCAGGGAUUAAGAGUGAUGUUAUGUGAUCUUUUAUUUUUAUUAAUAAUAUUUUCUUCAUGAAUCUCUUUUUGAUGUUAUUAGUAUUUAAAUUGAAUUAUGAAUUUGUGGUUAAUUUUUUGAUAAAAUUGCUUUGAACAGUCGACUUGUCGUCUUUUUAGUCGAGUUACAGGUUUUCUACAGAAGGCUGUUACGACUUGAUUAAGGGGGAAAAUCGAGUCAUAAUGUAAUUCAAUCUUUUUAAUGACCGUCGCAAUAUUAUAUCGCCCGCUAAUAUUAUUGAUUUGUAUACUAAUUCGUUCCAGAAUCUUGCAAUAAUUUUCGGAAAUAUUUGAUAAUACUUGGAUAAAGAUAAACCGGGGAUGUAACAUGUAGUUAAAUUCUAGCUUCAAUUCACCAGUGAACCAGCACAAUAUUAUUAAAUAAUAUUGUAGUAGGUAUUAGCGUUAAUUGAACAAACCCUCUUUGUUCACUAGUAAUUUUGCCACGAGUACUAAUCAUAUUGUAUUUUAUGGAAUACGAACUUUGAGGUGGAAACAUAUUUCUAUCAUACCACGUCAUAACACGAGACCAUUUCUCUAAAAUUGUUAUAAUGAUUGAUAACUAACGUUAUUAUUUUAACUAUAUGUCGUUACAUGCGUUGCAUGUGGUCCUGUUUGUCUAAAGGUAAGCGUCCACAGGCCCGCAUCGUACGCAUUCCGUAUGACGUCAUCAGUACGCAUCGCAUGUAGGCGUUGCUGAUGAUGCGGUGCGUACGAUGCGGAACAGUUGACGCGUACCUUUAGACAAACAGGAUGCAUGUUACAGCAACGACAGUUUAUAUACAAGACAAACUAAAAUCCGUUGCGUGCGGUGCGUGCGAUGCGUACGAUGCGGGCCUGAGGACGCGUACCUUAAUAGAGAAUGUUCUAAUUUUAAACCAUUGGACACAGUCAGUUUUUGACUAUAUUGCCUGGACAAAUAGACCUUACACUUCAUUAUCGCAAUCUGGGUUUUACAAAAACGGUAGCUCUCAUGCAGUGUGUUUUAUUUUAUAUGCCUUGAGGCGUGGUGUGUGUCAAGUCUGUUUCCACCUUUAAAAUCACUGCCUUGCGUGUUGUAUGUGACAGCGGCGCAGAGUAUAAAGGAAUGAAUGUUACCAUAUUUAAAAAUUCGUAUUCCGUGUUUGUUUAUGUAUCAUUUGGCAGUGUAACUGGCCUAAUUUGAUGUCUUAUGUAUUGGUGUAAUAUUUAUUUAUUUAACACGAGGUAUUUCAGCUUUAUUAGCAUUUUGUUAAAGUUUAAACUCAUUAAAUUAUGUAAGACAUGACCAAUUUGCUACAACACUGUUUGCAUAAAUGUAUUGAAUUGCCAUAGUAAAAUAUAUUUUGUAACUAAUUUAAAGUAAAGCUGAAAAACCUCGUGAAUUUUGUUUGUGAAAAAUAAUUAAAUAUUGAAUGAAACUGACUAUGGAGAUUUGAACUCUGUAACUAAAAUAAAAUCUGAAUAAUUUUAAUACGAAAUGGUGCGAUAACUACAUUAUAACAUUUUAAUGAAACAUUUACUUUAUCAUUUUGUCAUAUGAAAUAUGAAUUGUAUUCAGUAUCUAGGGAUCUGAUAAUUUACUUAUAUACUAAUAUUAUAUACAAACGCCAGCACUUAAACUUACUCCCUUCUUCAACAGAUUUUAGACUUUAUUACAAGAAGAUAAAGUUGUUUUUAAGAUAUAUGACAGGGGGUAGGUUGACUUGCUGGUUGUCUGUGCAAAUUGUAUGUUUUGUGGAAUGUUUCGUCAGUGAGGUAAAUUAGAAGUUUGUAAACUAGUUGUUCGGAGCCCGUAGUCACUUGUACUUGAGAUUGACGCUUAAAACGUAUAUAAAUUUAAAUGUUUAAUUAAUAUAUUCCAUAGAUUAGCGGUUAUUAAGAGAGUAUAUUACCCUACAGUAGGUGAUUUGAACAAUAAUAUUAAUGAAAAAUGAAAUAUUUCGUGUUUUUAUGUACAAAAAUUUUAUAUGUUGAUAAAAUUGUUGUAUAUUUUUGUUUUGGUCGAUAUAUUUAUAAAUGCAUAUUUAGAUAUUUACUUAUUUUGUUAUUGUGUAAUAAUUUAUAACACCAAAUAGUACCUUUCAGAUUAUUAUAUUUAAUGCAAGAAUUGUAACCAGUGUGUAGAGAUUUUGUUGAAUAAAUGUCAUGUUUCGAAA